AUGGAAUGCGACGUAGCUAACAACCAUAUAGCUUCUUUCAAUUAUAUUGUGGAUGAAGGAGUGAAUCGUGCCUCCAUAUCAGUUCCACCGGAAAAAUUUUUGUUACCUAACGGAGAGGCAGUUGAAUUCAAAUAUCUUGGAGCUGUAAUUGAACCACCAAGUCUUGAUAAUUCUGGAAAGCUCUCAUCAGUAGACAGUUUACGACUCUUUCCAUCAGAAUGUCGUCAACGUGGCUUGACAUAUUCCGGCAAUUUGAAAGUCUCUAUAGAGAUCCGAUCGAAUAACAAAAGAGUUGAUGUCUUUGAGACUGUGUUAGGAAAGGUACCUGUCAUGCUUAAGUCGAGCCUUUGUCAUUUAUCAAAACUGGGUAAGAAGGAAUUGAUCAAAGUAGGGGAAGAAGCUGAGGAGAAGGGAGGAUACUUCAUCUGUAAAGGAAGUGAAAAAGUACUUCGUUUGUUAAUCGCCAAUAGGAGAAACUACCCUAUUGCUUUAAUAAGAAAGUCUUUCAAAGAAAAAGGAAGAUUGUUCACCGAGUUUGGAGUUAUGAUGAGAUCUGUCUUAGACAAUCAUACAGCAGUCAUGAUGACUGUUCAUUACUUAGAAACAGGAUCGCUUCAAAUUGCUUUACAGUACCGCCGAGAAAUAUUCUAUGUUCCGUUUAUGUACAUUCUGAAAGCAUUGACUACCAAGAACGAUGCUCAGAUUGCGGCAGACUUGACAAGGAUUCGUAAGGACGACUCUUUCUGGCAGAAUUCGGUUAUGAACAUGCUCACCGUGUGUCAAGAAGAAGGCAUUAUACAUCAGAAAGCCGCUUUGAGUGCAAUAGGAAAUCGUUUCCGUGUUGCCGUUGCAGAUAAGGUUGCCCCAUGGGAAACCGAUGAGGCGGCCGGUUCAUUCAUUUUGCAACAAACUGUGGCGGUACAUGCGACUACCACUGAUGAGAAGUAUAAUAUUCUCACGUAUAUGGCCCAGAAACUGAUGGCGUUAGCUAAAUAUGAAUGUGCUCCCGAAACGCCUGAUAAUCCCCAGUUCCAGGAGGCUGCGGUCUCAGGACAUAUAUUACUCUUGAUCAUUAGAGAACGUUUGGAAAAUAUAUUAGGGAUGGUGCGGAGAAAACUAGAAUACGGCGCUAAGAAAAAGAACGAUUUAGUCAUGGGCUCGGCAGAGUUUCAGAGAGCACUAGGGAAUCAUUCUGGUGGAGAGAUCACUCGCGGUUUAGAAUAUUUCUUGGCUACGGGUAAUUUAGUGACCAAAAUAGGAUUAGCUCUUCAACAGGAGACUGGUUUCUCUAUAAUAGCCGAGAGAAUCAAUCAGCUUCGAUUCUUAUCCCACUUCCGAGCUAUUCAUAGAGGUGCUUUCUUCAUGGAAAUGCGAACAACAGAUGUCCGUAAACUGCGUCCCGAAUCUUGGGGCUUCAUUUGUCCUGUUCACACUCCUGACGGUGCUCCAUGUGGACUACUUAAUCAUCUCACUGCUUCUUGCCGUAUCACCACGCAUUACUCUGAUUGUAGAGAAUUGGUUCCUUAUUUGGUUGAACUUGGCAUGCACACUCACGACGGGAUACAUUUAGCUCCUGCAAAAGAAGAAUGGUAUCCUGUUUUGUGUGAUGGUGUUUUCUUGGGUUACAUUCCUGUACAUAAAGCUGAAGUAGUCGCGAAACGACUUCGACUUGCCAAAAUUGACAAUAAUGAUAGCAGAGUUCCUCCUAUGGCUGAACUUGCUUUUGUGCCCAGGUCGCCUGAUGUUGCAACUAUACUGACCCAGUAUCCUGGAAUAUACAUAUUUUCUGAUCCAGCAAGACUUGUACGACCAGUUACUAAUCUCGUGAAGGAUACUGUAGAGUACAUUGGAACCUUCGAACAAGUUUACCUGUCCAUUGUCAUCGAUGCUAAGGAAAGAGAGCCUGGCGUCACAGAACAUCAAGAGUUGCAUCCCAGUUGCCUGUUCUCGUUGGCUGGUAACCUUAUUCCCUUCCCAGAUCAUAACCAAUCUCCUCGUAAUGUGUACCAGUGUCAGAUGGCGAAACAAACCAUGGGAACUGCUGUUCAUACCUGGCAUACAAGAGCAGAUAAUAAAAUGUAUCGUCUCCAGUUCCCUCAAAAACCUCUACUCAAACUGGAAGCACACGAUAUGUAUGAGAUGGACGAGUAUCCUUCUGGUACUAAUGCCUGUGUAGCCGUCAUUUCAUACACUGGCUACGAUAUGGAAGACGCUAUGACAAUCAACAAAUCUUCUUAUCAAAGAGGAUUUGCUCAUGGAACUGUGAUCAAGGUAGAGAGAAUCGAUCUAGUCAAAGACAGGGAUAAAAAAACUUUAUUCCGCAAGGAUCCUAGUUCGGAUUGCGAAACGAUUGGUGUCGAUGGACUUCCCAUUCAGGGUCGCAGAUAUUUCUUAGAUGAAGUAUACUACUCAACGUACAAUCAAGAAACGGGACAGCAUCGAUCUUACAAGUUCCAUUAUGCCGAACCAGCGUAUUGUGGUAUGGUUCGAUUAGUUGAGCGGGAAGGGGCUGAAACUGGAGCAAGGCAUGCUUUGAUUCAAUGGAGGAUCGAAAGAAAUCCUAUUAUUGGUGAUAAAUUCGCUUCGCGCCACGGACAGAAAGGAAUUAACUCUUUCCUCUGGCCCGUGGAGAGUUUGCCCUUCAGUGAAAGCGGUAUGGUCCCGGAUAUUAUUUUCAAUCCUCACGGUUUCCCAUCUCGGAUGACAAUCGGUAUGAUGAUCGAAAGUAUGGCUGGAAAAGCAUCAGCUAUGCAUGGAGAUCCAUAUGAUGCCUCACCUUUUGUUUUCAAUGAGAAGAAAACAGCAAUCGAUCAUUUCGGACAAUUACUGUCAAAAGCAGGAUACAAUUACCACGGUAAUGAGACGUUCUAUUCUGGAGUUGAUGGUCGUCAGAUGGAGUGUCAAAUUUUCUUCGGAAUUGUUUAUUACCAACGACUCCGCCAUAUGAUUGCUGACAAGUUCCAAGUACGUGCUACUGGAGCAAUCGAUACUGUUACUCAUCAACCCGUAAAAGGACGUAAGAAAGGAGGAGGUAUCCGUUUCGGAGAAAUGGAACGUGAUGCUAUCAUCGCUCAUGGAACUUCAUUUGUCCUUCAGGAUCGUUUGUUGAAUUGUUCCGAUCGAGAUGCUGCCUAUGUGUGCCGUAUCUGUGGUUCUAUUCUCUCAGUUUUUAUGAAAAGCAAGGAAGCACGCGUCGACGAACGAUUUAAGGAAACAGAAUCGGACAAUAAUGAUUACUCAGAUAGGCAGACGUGUUCGAAUUGUAGUAAGAGUGAUGAAGUGUAUUUGGUACAAGUACCAAGAGUAUUCCGUUAUCUGGCUUCCGAGUUGGCUGCCAUGAAUGUUAAAAUGCAAUUAGGUGUCUCAGAUGUUUCUGAGAUAUGUAGGAGAUCCUAG